GUGUAUUACAUCCAAAGCAUUAAAAGUUCUCGUUUCAGAUCUUGUACGAAGUUUAGACACACAAUGUUGUUGUUACUGAUGUACUCCAUAGUCUGGAGUAUACCCAGAGCAGAGGGUCAGUUCGAGGAGGAGAAUAAGGAGUAUAUGGGAUUAUACAUUGGAUCCCUUAACUCUUAUCAUCAUCAGGUUUCCGGAGAAGUGUUUGCUGUAGAUGACUCCACUAUUCUUCUCAAAGAUUUUGUAUAUGACGGGAAUGGAAAGGAUACGUUCUUUUGGGCUGGAUCUUCAAACAGACCCGGUUCGAAAGGAUUUAUAGUUCCUGAUAACAAUGGGAAAACAAACGUGCUCGACAAAUAUUACAAUGAAGAGUUCACGUUGAAGUUACCGAGUAAUAAGCGAAUACAGGAGUUAAAAUGGUUUUCAGUUUUUGACAUUUCGUCGCAGAGUAAUUUCGGAGAUGUGUAUAUUCCUUCCGAUUUCGACCCUCCGGGAUAUCAGAGUUUAUCUAAACUUGAAGCUGGUUACUCCGUGAAGUCCGACCAGGUCCUUGUGAUGGACUCCAAGACCAUCAAGAUCCCGGCCUUCACCUACGAUGGGACCGGGGGCGAGGUUUUUUUCUUUGCCGGAGAGGGACCUCAGCCAUCUUCGCGAGGAUUUAUAGUUCCUGAUGAAUUGGGAUAUUUAGCUCCCUUGGGAGUUUAUGAUAACAAGGAUGUAAUUCUUCAACUGCCAGGAACCCAGACUGUAUUUCUGAUCGACUGGUUGGCCCUGUACGACAAAGCGAACGAGAAGUACAUAGCGUACAUAAUCAUCCCACAGGACUUGAAUGUACCGCCCAGCCUGGUCGAUGUUAUGGAGCAUAGAACAGGGUUACCCAACUGUGUAAUGUUACAUAAGAAUCUAAUGGUUGCAUGGGAAUCUUUUCCUCCUCAGUUAACUAUACAGUUGUCGGGUUUCAUUCAAGAUGACGAAUACAUGGCUUUUGGUAUCAGUGGACGGCAGGGGGAGAACGCUAUGAUUGGCGGUGAUGUUGCUCUCGUAUACAUGGACGAAUUUCUCGGACACGUGGAAGAUUAUAAUCUAACAGCAAAAUCCGUUUGCUUGGGUGAGAGAGAUAAGAGAGGAGCUUGCAGUGACGAGGUUCUUGGAGGAAUAAAUAAUCAUCAACUACACUCAGCAUCGAAGGAGAACGGAGUUACUGCUCUGACCUACCGAACCACCUUCUCUAAUCUUGGAGAUCCUGGGGAUCAUGAAAUACCGGAGACGGGAGAAACUUCAGUUAUCUGGGCAAUAGGAAGGAUUUCAGAGAGGGCACACAGGGUAAAGGAGCCCAGCUUCCAUCAUAGCUACACUAAGAUGCAUACCACGAUUGAUUUCGGUCGGAAAGAGCCUUACUCUACCUGCUUUCCCUUCACGUCUGACCGGAAGGAGGUCACCGCCCCCUGGGUCAUUCCGGCGAUCUUUGACCCUAACCGGAGAACGUUUAAUGCCAGCCUAGGACCUGCUGGAGGACGGCGAGGUUACAGCGGGAGGACAGGGUUACCAGCUAACAGCCUCGCUUGGUAUAUUGAAGGUUACAUGAUUCCUGAACUCUAUCUGAGGAGAGGACUCACAUAUACUUUCAAGAUUGAAGGUGGGAAUAAUCCCCAGAGUGCGGAGUUCUAUCAUCCCUUUAUCAUCACUGAUGAACCUGUUGGUGGAUACUCCAGGCUUACAGUUGAACAGAAGGAGAAUGUUCGAGUCCUGGCAGGGUUGGAGUUUAGUUGGCGUGGAUUACCGACGAAAAAAACUGCAGGCCGUCUUUGUCAAUGGUCACACAGACGAGACCGGGAUAAAAGACGAGAUGACGAGUUCAAUACAUUCGAAAGUUUCAGGAACUCUCUAGAGUUCCAGUGUGACGAGGGGGAUCCAGGGGUACUCCAGGUUAGUCCUAACCUGACGUGGCCGGAUACAGUUUACUACCACUCCUACACCACCCCCUACAUGGGAUACAAGAUCAAUAUUGUGGAUAACUUCAGAGAACGACCUUCCUUUGCUUCAGCUCAGGGUAUCCUUCCAACCCUUCUCCUAGUCCUACUUGCCACUGUCAUUCAUCUAUAAUCGUAGUUUUUAUUUUAUUUUAUCGACCUUCUCAAUACUGUUCAUGUUCUUUCCCUCUCCUCCUCUUCACAAAGAUGAUCUUGGUUCUACAGGAUUUUCUAGAUUCCUGUUCACAAUUACCCACUAUGUUUUUAAUUCUUAUUUACAUUCACUAGUCUUGUAUUUUCACAUUUUAUUUAUUGACUUUUUACAGCACUGCAGUACACUCUGUGCGUACUGCACCGUACACAUUUACAUGUAUGGGUCUGUUAUAUGAAUUUUAACUUUUAGAUAAACCAUUGAAUAAAGUUGUAAAAUAAACCUGUUUUUUAAUCGUUUGAACUAAAUGUAUUUCAGA